AUGAAGAGUAUGAUAGGGAAUAGAAGGCACAAGGAGCAGCAGCAGCUUGGCAAGAGGAGCAUACAUGGCUGCGCCAGGUGCUUUUGCUGCAGCUCCAGGCUCAGCGUCUCCUCCUGUGAAAGCAGCACCAAGAGCUCUGAGGACUCUGACCAGCUUGAGGCACUGUCUAGCCUUGCACAUGGCAUGGUGCAGGCACGGCUGGAGCAGAUGAUCGGCCAGCACAAGGGUCCAGGUGUUCACCGCCGCCGAAGAAUGAGCUCUGUGGCAGGUGAAACAAGCAGUAGUAGGUGCACUCUGUUGAUCGCCAUGGACAGGAGGUCUUAUGACCCCAAAGGGGACUUCAAGAUGUCAAUUCUGGAGGUUAUCACGUCCAGAAGGAUAGAGGAGCCAAACGAACUCCGGAGCCUCUUGAAUUGCUACUUGUCGAUGAACUCCUCAGACCAGAGGCCUGUGAUCCUUGAAGCCUUCUAUGAAGUGUGCUCCAGUCUUUUCCAUUGUAGAGAUCGGUAG